AGCCGAUAAAUAAAUAAUUUGGGGAACUACCACCAAGACUAUUACCGUACAUUUCGGAAAAGAACUGCUGCUUGAACAAAAAAGUGAAAAAUGUCAGUGAUUCACAUCAUAUCCAGAUUUGUAAGGUCACAUUCUGUGCCAGUAGCAAGAAGAUUUUUCUGCAACAAGUAUACCACCUCUAAUUCAAAGAUUCCUGAGAAACCCCAAUGGAGAGAUACAAAACAGAAAAAGAAGGUUAAGGUGGAUCCUCAGACCAUUGAAAACCUAGAGAGGUUAGCGCUUGUCAAUUUUAACAGUUCAGCUGGUGUUGAGAGACUGGAGCAUGCCAUCACCCUUGCAGAGCAACUUGAUGAUGUUGAUACCAGUGGAAUACAACCGAUGGCAUCGGUCCUUGAAGAUACAGAGUUAUACUUGAGAGAUGACACAGUAACUGAAGGCUACUGCACAGAGGAGAUUCUCAUGAAUGCUGCCAAGACAUGUGAAGGAUACUUUGUUGCUCCUCCUGGAAACAUCCCUCUGUCUUCUCAAGUUACCCAACAAGUUUUAGAUGGAAUCAGAAAGGAUGAAGACAGAUGACAGGAAUCAAGAUGGUUUGAUAAAAUUGAACAUUUUUAAGUAAAUCAGAGAACCACCAUGAUCUCUUAGUGUAAAGGAGCAAGCUGAUAAUAGAGACUUUUAUGUUUUCUAGAGCAAUAUUUAUAUCAUAGGGCUUGUAAUAUAAAUGAUGAUCAAUUCUAGAAUGAUAAAUAACUCUGAGUAUAUGACAAAACUUUGACAGAAAUUUACAAUCAGUUGUAAAAUCAAUGGUAUCUGUGUAUGUAACAUGCCCUUAAUAUAAUCCCACCGCUGUCACCUUAACCCUCAAAAGCCCAGGGGGGCGGAUUCUGCCCCCCUCUACAUUUUUCAUGAUAAAUCCACCACGCGAAAUUUUUCAACUGCACCGCUCGCUGACCUUUUACUUUCAAAUCUCGCACAACUCUUGAGACCAAAUUUGCGAUGCCCGGGUAUGCGAUUACGAAAUAACGCAACAUUAUGUAAGUGCAUGUCAGACCCAAAACUGCUCAAAAGCGUGAAUUCAUGUACAAAUCCAAUGCAAAUUGUGUAUUUAGCCAAAAUUCAUAAAUGUAUCAUUAUUUCUACUUUUACUGAUUACACUUAAUUAAUUUUGUCUUGUUCAUGAUCAGAAUUAAGUCUACAACAAUUUCCAUUAUAAAAAACAAUGAAAAACAGAAAGUCGAUAAACAAAGAAAUACAUAGGAAAUAAAAAAAAAACCAAUACCAAAUUUUGAUCGGGAUCCUACAAAGAGUUUAUGAAUAAAAAAAUUGCAGUUUUGGGGCCAUAUGAUAGUUGAUUAGAGCAAAUGUUUUACUUCAUGAAUAAAUUAGCAUAAUUAAUUCAUGAAAUGAAAAAUCUUUUUUUUUAUUAUUAACCAUACAGCCUUGUAUAUUUUACUGCACACUACCACUGUGCAAAUUUUCGUGGCGCUUGUGCGAUCGAAAUGCCGAGAUCUCAGAGGGGGGGAGGGGUGGAAUCCGCCCCCCCCCCUCGGCUGUGAUAGGGGUCCAAAUAACCUGGCUCUUUUAAGAACAAGCAGGGUGUAAUGGUUUUAUCUUUAUAAGUACCCUUAUUUAAAUUAUUGUUUAACAAGGAGAAAUCAAGACAAUAGGACUCCAAAACCCUGCACUUUGUGAGUAAACCUUGAAAGGAAUUAUUCAUGAUACAGUAAAAAUAAUGCACAAUUUGCAAUUGAAAUUGAUGCGCAAAUAGCAUUGCACAGCGCGAUGCUUAAAUACGCUUACCUACUAUGUAAUUGGGUGAUUUGACCUAAAAUAUUUUUGAAAUCAUCAAGAGCCUACAAACAAAAUGCAUGUAAAGUACAGUUGAUACCAACUACUGAAAGAUGGUUACUGGUUUAUUUGUUUUUCAUUUGUGUACAAGUGGCAUUUGAUAUUCAUUUAUUGAGUGAGAGCCUAGAUAUAUCAAUAUAAUAAUAUUAAUGUAACUAGAUGUAAGUAUAAAUUUCAUUAAUAUAAUAAUUAUUAUUACUAUUAAUAUUAUUGAUUCAAAAUGCAAGAUCAGAUUAGUAAAUGCCCAAAACUCUUAAGUCUAGACAGACAACUUUUCUGGUUUUAUGUGUGAUAAAGGCAAUUUCAAUACAAGAUUUUGCAUUUCCAACACAGAUAAUCAAGAAAUGAAAAUAAAUGUAACUAAAUAUUUUGAAA